CUACAUGACACCAGCAAGUAUUGAAAUAAAACAUGGCGACUAGCCAGUAAACUCAUCUAUUGCAAAAAAAAGUUUCCAAAUUAUCUGCAAAUAAAAAACAAAAUGGCCGCAGAAAAUAAUGAAAAUAUUAAAAAACCUAAGAUAAUCGUCUUCGAUCUCGAUUACACUCUGUGGCCAUUUUGGAUCGACACUCACGUGACUCCGCCAUUUUCUCGAAAACAUGACUCUAUAGUAGACGCACAAGGCAAAAAAAUAAAAUAUUACGAGCAAGUGCCAGAAAUUUUAGAAAAUUUGGCCAAAGAAGGCUUCGAAAUUGGCAUCGCCUCGCGUACUUCCGAAAUAAAGGGAGCAUAUCAAUUACUUAAAUUACUAAACUGGGAUAAAUAUAUCAAGUAUACGGAAAUAUAUCCUGGAUGCAAGAUUACGCACUUUAACAAGAUCAAAGAAGCAUCAGGAGUUGAUUUUAAAGACAUGAUUUUUUUUGAUGAUGAACGUCGCAAUAUUGAUGACCUAACGAAAGUAGGUGUGCUGUCAAUUUACGUUAAAAAUGGCUUGAACAAAAAUGAAAUAAAAAAUGGCCUAGAACAAUUUAAAUCUCGUCAAUAACAAUUUUGUUUAAUUAUUUAAAUAAAUUAUUUAUUAAUCAAUUAUAAAGAAAAUUUUAUUUUUACGUAGUGUCUAAAGAUACAGAAAAAAACCUGUGUUCGGGAUAGCCUACCGUGUGGCACGUUAUUGUGCCACACGCUUAUCCCUUAUUCUAUCUCACCUAUUUCUGUACACUUAUCCACGUUGUUAUUUUUAAUUGAAUAACAUUUUUCACUACUAUUAGAGUUAUUAUUAUCAUUUACUUUAUCAGUAUGAUAAAGGCCCGCGAUAAAAUCCGCAAGGAAAUUGACGGCAAGUUUUUCUGUAAAAUUACAUUCAGAUGACGACAGUAGAUUUGCAUCAACUUACACGCAAGUAUUAUCCAGCGGAGGCUUGCCAGAAACUUGUCAAUAAGUUGGCCGAAAAUGUUUUACUGCAGAACUUGCUAAGCAAUUAUAUUGAUAUUUAAAUUUAGAGUGUGGCUAUCAGGGUUGAAGUUAACUUGCGGUUAAGGGGUAACGGUAAAAUAAAUACUUAUCUUUUUACACUGAUAAUAAUUGUAAUGGAAAAAAUUAUAAUGACAACGGUAUUAAUUACAGUAAUGAUAAUAAUAAUUGUUAUUGAUCAACAUAAUGAUCAAUAAAACUUUAAAAUUGUAACAGAAGCUUUAAUUGUAAUUAAUGAUUACAACUAUGAACAAUAAAU